AGUGCCUAUAUAGGGGAGAAAAGAAGUUUGUAUGCUGUGAAAUCCCUGCUAUCACUAUGGCAAUAAGCUAUAUAUUCACCACACUGUUGCUCGCUGUCCUCCAAUAUGGUUUGUGUGCGCCAGUCGAUCAACACGCUACACCAGAGACACGACAUCUCUACAAGAAUCUCAUGACGAUGGCCAGAAAUCCGAACGCCAUCAUGUUUGGCCAUUCAAGUGACACAUGGAGCGGUGCAAAUGGUGGUCACGCCCCUUAUGAAAUCAAAACAAAUACGUCAAAUAUAGGUUGGAGAUAUACAGUUGAUCAAGCCUUGAAAGAUUACCCCGAUGAGUUGUCUGACGUGAAGAGCGUGACAGGCCAGUAUGCAGCAGUAAUCGACCUCGGGCUGUGGCAGCUGAGUAGUGACAGGAAAACAGUUGUGUCCCAUCUUGCCAAGAAGGCUCACAAGCGAGGUGUGAUUACAACCCUGUGCCAGCAUUUGUAUAACCCCAUCACUGGUGGAAGUCCGUGGGUGGAAGACGACAACGGAACUGUCCUCCAUACCGUGAGGCGUCUCUUACCAGGAGGAGACUUCAACUGGAAGUACCAGAAGAACCUUGACACGAUCGCCGAAAUUGCUCACAACCUGACAGACGACCAAGGAAAGCUUAUCCCUGUUCUCUUCAGACCUCUUCAUGAGCUUAAUGGAGACUGGUUUUAUUGGGGAUUGGGAAAUAAGGUUCAAAAUACAGAAGAUGAUCUUAAAUCAUUUUACCGAUACAUAGUUACGUAUCUACGUGAUCGAAAGAACGUUCACAACUUCCUGUAUGUCUUCAGCCCGGACAAGUUCAAGGACAAAGCAGAUUACCUCAAAGUGUACCCUGGCGAUGAUUACGUUGAUGUUAUUGCAACAGAUUAUUAUUACACAUCACCAUCGGUUCAGACAAGCGGCUUUUCAAGAAUAAUGAAAGACUUAGUGGAGAUAGCCGAGUCAAAAAACAAGAUAGCUGCUGUGUCAGAGUCUGGGCUGUUUAACAAUGGCAUUGAUACGCAGACUAAUUUCUGGAACGAUAAGAUCCUUGAUGUCAUAAAGACUGACCCGACUAGUCGUCGUAUUGCGUACAUUCUCACAUGGGCUAAUCAUUGUAACAAGAAUAAUUGCGAAUUGUGGGUUCCUUACAAAGGCCAUCCUGCUGAAAACGACUUCAGGAACAACUUCUUCAACGACCCAAUUACCAUGUUUGCGGAUGAUAUUCCAGAUAUGUUUAAAUAAACAGUCUGUACAUAUAAAUAAAGGACACAGAGUCAAUCAAAACUGUCACUCUGAAAACACAUUCUGAAUACCGUCAUUGAUAGUUUAUGAAUAAUACAAUAACAUGAUCGGAUUGACCUCCUCAUAAGUUUGGCUACAAUUUAUAGUUAAUAAAUACCUUUUUGUUUUGA